GAAAGCACCUGCUUUCAUUGAAUUAGGUCGUGGGAAGCACUGCAACCGCACAGCCAUUCAGGAAGAAAGUCAACAUGAUCGGCGUCGCUAUCAUAGUGAUCAGUGAUACAGCCGCGAAAGACUCUUUGUUGGACUCAUCUGGCCCAACCAUAGAGAAAGUCUUAUCCGAGAGCAUUUCAUCUCGAUUCGAAGUGCUCGAAAAACGCAUCGUCCCUGAUGAUGCCGAAGCUAUACGUAGCGCGAUCCGUUCAUUGACCGGUGGUACGAUACAGUUUAUCGUGACGAGUGGCGGUACAGGAUUGGGCACAAGGGACCGGACUCCGGAGGCAGGAAUGUAUCGAUACAUAUCCCCCAACCUGUGGUUGCCAUCUGAAUUGCUUCAACAGUCUCGCCCUUGAUCGAUCGGCAUGCUCCUGGAUUAAUUCACCUGAUGAUGAAAGCCUCUCUUGAGCGUACACCUCUUGCAGCCCUGUCUCGACCAGUAGCGGGGACCAUUGGAAAUGCUUUGAUCGUUACUCUUCCAGGCAGCCCGAAAGCGGUUAAAGAGAAUCUCACUGCUUUGCUGGAGGGGGGAGUGCUUUCUCACGCUAUUGAUUUGAUCGGCGGGGGGGCCUCAUCGACAACUCCAGGUCAUACUCACCCUCAUCAUGACCAUUCGCAUGCCCAUGUGCAUUCUCACACUCACCCUCACCACGCGCCAACUCCGAAAUCUCAUGAUCCAUCUCUUGGUGCACACGCACGCCACAGACACUCUCCAUAUCCGAUGAUUGAGCUAAAAGAUGCCUUGGAAAUUGUAGAGAAGUACUGUCGGCCGCUUCGUGCUGUCUCCAUCAUGCCCGUCAAUCAAAACCUGCGAGGAUCGGUACUUGCAGAAGACGUGUACGCAUCUGUUCAGCUCCCCUCACAUCCAUCGACAAAUGUCGACGGUUAUGCGGUAAAAUCGACAUAUGCUCCGGGUGUUUAUCACGUUUUGACGCCUCAAUCCUUCCACACAAGAAAAGGUAUUCCGUUGCCAGAUGGAUCAAUAUACCGCAUCAACACUGGAUCGCCGCUUCCGAAUGGUGCUGAUGCCGUAAUAAUGGUGGAGGACACGGAACUCGUUACAAUAACUGGGCCUGCAUCGCAGCGAGUGGAAGGUUCAUUGUCGUCCCAGACAGAGAGUGGAGAGGAAGAGACCGUGAGAUUGCUAGUUGGGACAGAACCUGGAGAAAACGUACGACAACCUGGAUCAGACGUAAAGAAGGGUUCCCUCGUUCUUGAAAAGGGGACUGUCAUUCAAGCCGUUGGAGGUGAGGUAGGAGCGCUGACAUUCAUAGGGAAGAAGCAGGUGCCUGUCUACAAAAAACCUGUGGUGGCCAUCAUGAGUACAGGGAAUGAACUUGUGGACUUGCAUAAUACGAGAAACUUCCCUAGCGAAGAACAUGGGAAAGAUGGCUGGCAGGGGAUCUUCGACACAAACCGUCCUAGCCUUCAAGCCGCGCUGGAAGGAUUUGGAUAUCAAGUGGUGGACUUGGGUAUUGUCGCGGAUGAUGAAGAAAGCCAUGUCUCAACGAUUAAACGGGGGCUCCAGGAAGCUGACUUGCUGUUAACUACAGGCGGAACUUCCAUGGGAACUUCUGACCUGCUCAAGCCAGUAAUCGAAAGACAACUUGGCGGGAUUGUACAUUUUGGCAGACUGAACCUCAAACCAGGGAAACCUACGACAUUCGCUACUGUCAAUUCGAAGCCCCUUUUUGCUCUUCCUGGAAACCCAGCUUCUGCAAUUGUAAUGUUCCAUAUUUUUGUGCUUCCCGCUUUAAGGAUGCUAGGCGGUUGGCCCAUUUCCAGGUGUUUUCUUCCCAGGAUUCGUGUGAAGAUUUCCGACGAGCUGUACGUGGACACUAGACCAGAGUUUCACCGUGUCUAUGUGCGAGCGUCAGGGGACGGCCUUGUGGCUUCUUCGACUGGAGGGCAGCGCUCCAGUCGGAUUGCCAGUCUGGCUGGGGCGAACGGGUUGGUCAUUCUCCCAGGAAGAGCAAAGGAUAGCAAGAACGAUCGCUUGCACGCUGGAUCUAUGAUCGAGGUUGUUAUGAUUGGGGAAAUGGGGGCUGCGGAGUAAACUCAUUCCAUGAAUCCCUCGUCUGCGUGUGUCCGUAAUGUUGAAUUUGAGGUAUUUGGAUCAAGUC